GCUUGACUAUAGGAACACGGCAAACCAUAGUGUAUCUGAAUUUUUAGUGAGUGUUGGCCAUUGUCCCUGUUUUUUCUACGAUGGAUACCGAUGUUGAAUCCUGUUUAAAAGACUGGAACGACCUAACACAAGAUUACAAGGAAUUAGAAGCAGUGAACAAAGAAUAUCUCGCAAAGUUAGAGAAUAUAGGAGAACUUCAAUCAAAAUGUUUGAAGGGAAUUUCUCACCAAAAGUACAGGAUGGGUAUAAUAUCAAAAUCUCUCAAACAGUUAGAUGCAAGCGAAGCACGAAAAAGGUUAGACAAAGAAAUGACGAAAAGGGAGCAGCAAUUACAUGAAAUGGAACAGAUUUUACCAAAGCCAAAUGGCAUAUACCUUCAAAUUAUUUUAGGCAAUGUUAAUGUUUCCAUAUUAAACAAAAGUGAUAAAUUCAAGUAUAAAGAUGAAUAUGAAAAGUUUAAAUUAGUCCUUUCUGUAAUUGGUUUUAUUUUAUCUGUAGUAAACUUAGUAACCAAUAUCAGAACUCUGGAACUUAGUUUUAUGUUCCUUUUAGUCUGGUAUUAUUGUACAUUAACAAUAAGGGAAAGUAUAUUAAAAGUAAAUGGUUCAAGAAUCAAAGGUUGGUGGAGAUUUCAUCAUUUUCUUUCAACUGUAGUAUCAGGUCUUUUAUUAGUGUGGCCUAAUACAGGGCCAUGGUAUGCAUUUAGACAACAAUUUAUGUGGUUCAAUGUAUAUAUCAGUGUGGUACAGUCUCUGCAGUUCUGUUAUCAACGAGGUGUUUUAUACCGCUUAAAAGCACUAGGUGAAAGACAUAAUAUGGAUAUUACCAUAGAAGGUUUUCAUUCGUGGAUGUGGCGUGGUCUAUCGUUUUUGUUGCCAUUCCUAUUUGUUGGAUACAUAUUUCAAUUGUACAAUGCAUACGUAUUGUACGCGUUAACAUUUCAUCCAGAAGCUACGUGGCACGUUUCAGUCCUUAGUGGCAUGUUCUUGGUACUGUUCCUAGGUAAUACAAUAACAACUAUAAUGGUAAUUCGUCAGAAACUAAGAGAGCGAGUAAGAUAUCAUUUUCCUGGUGUUUUCGCGUCAAAAUCUGAACGUAAGAAAGAAGUAAAUGGAGAAAAAGAUGUGAAAGCUCAAAAAAGUAAAUAAAACAUAAUUAGUGAGAUUUUUUUAGUGAGGCAGGUAUGAUAAGAAAGAAAUGAAUGCGAUACAAAGUAAACACUCCAUUAAUGUGGAAAACAAAAAUGACAGGGAAAAAAAGGUUAAAAUUAAGACAAAAACACAAAUAGCGUAGAUAUAUCAAUUCUGGAUUGAGGAAUACAGAUUACAACUUAUACCAGACAUAGAUGAACUGUUGUAAAAUUCUUUCCUCCAUGUAUUGACGUCUUUUUACAACCGUCGUCAAGCACAAGAUUAAUUGACGGGUAUUAGCUUGUCCUGAUGUAGGAACGAAUUCUUCGAAAAUAUUCCUUUUAUAUUCCUCUUCUUACCUCGACAAAUAUUUUGCACUUCUUACCUAUACU